UGACCGAACCGGUGACCCUCAUUUAAAUUAGAAAAUCGAAGCGGAUGUUCUAAAAGUUUUUUUAACCGGAUCAAAAUGACUUCGCGAUCAAAAGAAAAAGUGGCGGCUGCAUUCCGGAAAUUGUUUCGGUCGCCGGAUAAACUGGAUAACGAAGGCGCCGGUCCUAGUGGCUCUCCAGCCAGGCGCGGCCUACUUCGGCGACACAGAGAUGGCGUAGGACCAGCGGAGGCGACCGCUAGCUUGCCGGCGAGUCCGGGAGCAUCCUCACUUGUAAAGAAGAAAGUACCGGGAGCCACCGAAGUACGUGAUAGGGCCGCUGCAGUGCGUACGAGGCGUCUUAUGAAGGAACUGAAGGAAAUCAAACGACUGCAGGAGAGCCGACCCGACCCUGUGUUUACGGUGGAGCUUGUCAACGACAAUCUUUUCGAGUGGCACGUGAGGCUGCAUCAGAUCGAUCCAGAGAGUGAUCUUGCCACAGACCUACGAGAACUGCACAUUCCGAACAUCCUCUUACACUUAGUGUUCCCAGAGAAUUUUCCAUUUGCACCGCCGUUUAUGCGUGUCAUCGAACCGAGAAUAGAGAAAGGAUUCGUUAUGGAAGGUGGUGCGAUAUGCAUGGAGCUGCUGACGCCUCGCGGCUGGGCAUCCGCGUACACCGUGGAGGCGGUGGUGAUGCAGUUCGCGGCGUCGGUCGUGAAGGGGCAGGGCCGGGUGGCGCGGGCGCCGACUCGUCCCUCCUGCGAAUUCUCGCGGCGUCGCGCCGAAGAAGCGUUCCGCUCCGUCGUAAAAACUCACGACAAAUACGGCUGGGUCACGCCCGCGUUGUCUGAUGGCUGAACUGUACAGAUGGACAGAAUCAACCGCAAUGCAAAAAGAUCUCCCUUAAUUAUUUCGAAGAUAAUUUUAAACUUAAUUAGUGCAAAUUUAAGUAACGCUCUGGUACCGUAAGAGCAUUAUAUUUUCGUUUUGAUUCAUUAAUUGAUGGUUAUGAUAUGCGAGCUUUGUAAUUAUUGCUCUGUGAUACAAAAUAAUAGGUUUACUACUUAUUUUUGUGCAUUCUAGAAUUCAUCUAUGUUGUAAAUGAACCUUUCUAGAAAUUGCAAACAAAAUGAAAUAUAUUUGAAAUGUAGAUAUGUGUAGAAAUUUAAAAGCGUCGUCCAUAUGUUUGACUAGAAGCUGAUGUGUGUAGUUAAUGUAAGUUACGUUCUCAAUCAGUAGUCAUUAAAAUGAACCAAUAUGAAUUAAAAACAUUAAUUGCUGAGUGCUUUUUGUCGACAUUAAUUUUUAAACAUUUUCUAUGUGUACAGUAGUUGUAGGUAUGUGUCGUGAUUUGUGCCAAAAGUACCACCCCCAACCAAGUGUAGAAAAAAUAGGUUGCAUUUAAAUUAGAUUAUAUCAUUUUUUAUUCAAACAAUCACUGGUCGAAAACAAAAUAAAAAGAAAAUGUUUCCGUCCUUAAGUCACUUAAAAUAAUUUUCUAUAAAAUUGUAAUAAAAAAAAAAGUAUUAAAUUGAAUUUAAUUCUAAAGUAGAUUAUCAUCUUACAUUAUUUCACCUGAUACUUCAAAGUUAUGGUAUUUAUAAAGUAUCAAUUUAAAAGAAUUUGUAUGCUUAUUGUCUUCGAUCGUGAUCGAUGCUUGAUGUCGUAUUGUAGCAAAGUCAAAUUAUAAUAUAUCUACUUGGAUUUUAAAAUUUUUAAUGUAUUUUUGAAGCUCAAAUUAUAGAGUACCUUACGUACUUUUAAUUUUAAUCUAAAGCCAGGCUUGGUUUAAUCUUAAUUACGUAAAUGUGUAAUUUUACAAUACCUAUAAACCAAAGAUAUUUUAUGUGAACCUCUUCAGUUUAACAUAUGGUAAAAUAAAAAUCAAUGUACAAUACACAUUUAUAGCUGUAUUAAAUUACCUG